UUCAUCAAAUGCAUGUGAAACUUGUUGUUUCACUUAGUUGUUUAACCUAUGUUAAAGCAAAUAUUUCUUUUUUUUUAUACAUGUUCCUGUUUUUGAACAAUGGGUUAAUCAUUAUUAUAUAUUAAAUAUUAACCUCCCACCACCCUCUACUUAUGGGGGGAUUCAGUAUUUUAUUUUUGUGCAUCAAAUGCAUGUGAAACUUGUUGUUUAACUUAGUUGUUUAACUUAUGUUAAAGCAAAUAUUUAAUUUUUUUUUUUUUAUACAUGUUCCUGUUUUUGAACAUGGUGUCAUAAUGCCUGUGGUUUAAUAAGGAAAAAGGGGCUCAUGGGGCAUUUUAAUGUCAGAAACAUUCUUCCUUUCAGUCUCUGGAACAGUUCACACUCAGAUGAAUGUACUGCAGGCCUACAGCGGGAUAUAGCUAAUAAAUGCUGUAUUGUUGGAAACAGAGGUUUGAGAUGUGUAGCCACUGGUCUAGGCUGUUUGCAUGAAGAAGAAUGAUGUGUGUGUCACUGUUCUCUGACAAUAAAAGCACUGUUUGCUCUCCUCCAGAAUGUAUGAGGAAAAAAGACAAAUGGGGGAGAAAUGGGAGGUAGUCAUUGGAGGGACGAACCAUUUUGAGAUCGUGAACAUUAGAACUGCAGUUUGUGACCAGUUAACAGAUCUAAAUUGUGUUAAUAAACUACUGAGGAAAGCCUGAUGGUGAUUUUGAGAGAGUUGCUGAUAUUGUUCAGAGAUACAGAAGAAUCAUCAGUUCCUUCUAAUGGAGUUUUGGCACAUAUCCUUUUUGAGUCUGUGCCCUUCCUUGGCAUCUUCAACAUGACAUCUAGCCACAUCAUUCAAUGAAAUACUGAUUCAAAGAACUUCUCAACAAUGGACAACUGUUCUGCUCUUCAUGUGCUUCUCAUGAUCUCCAUCAUGCCUGGCUGGCUAGGGGGUGACUUCAUAAUCUCAAAAAAACAGCAUGAGAUCCGUUCAAGUGAAAUCUCUCGCAGGUCCCAUCUGAGAGUGAGACGAGGCUGGAUUUGGAGCCAGAUAUUUGUUGAAGAAGAAGAUCCAACGCCAAGAAAGAUUGGUCAGCUGAAAUCAGAUUACGACACAGGGGACUUUACUAUCAAGUACAUCCUCUCAGGUGAAGGAGCCAGUGAAAUCUUCAAAAUUGAUGAGUACACAGGUGACAUUUACUUAUCACAACGUCUGGACCGUGAGCUGAAGCCCUUCUACAUACUACAAGCCCAGGCCAUCAACCGCAGCUCCAAGCAGCCUGUUGAACCUGAAUCUGAGUUCAUCAUUAAAGUCCAGGACAUCAACGACAACGCUCCAGAAUUCAUUAAUGAGCCCUAUGUAUCCAGCAUCCCAGAGAUGUGUCCCACAGGAACCACAGUUAUCCAGGUGACAGCCACAGAUGCUGAUGACCCUAUGUUUGGGAACAAUGCUAAACUUAUCUAUUCCAUCCUGGAAGGGGAGCCCUACUUCUCAGUGGAACCCAAAACAGGUAUAAUUGUGACAUCAUGGCCUAAUAUGGACAGAGAAGCCAGGGAGACAUAUCUGGUUGUGGUUCAAGUGAAAGAUAUGCUUGGACUCACUGGAGGCUACAGUGCCACAACCACGGUGACCAUCAGCCUGAUGGAUGUUAAUGACAACGGACCUACUUUCCAGCACAAUUUGUACACAUUUGCUAUAUCAGAGUCAGCACCAGUGGGUACCACAUUGGGAAGAAUAAUGGCGGAUGAUGGUGAUGUUGGUCUGAACGCUAAAAUGAACUACAGUUUAGAAGAUCUUGAGGAGAGCAGCACCUUCACAAUCCAGACAGACCCUGACACUCAAGAGGGGAUUGUCAUACUGGCUCAGCCACUGGAUUAUGAGACCAAGAGGCGGUUCGUCAUUGCUGUAGAGGCCAUCAAUGAAAACAUAGACACACGUUUUAUGAGUGCAUAUGAGUUUCGUGACAGGACAACAAUCAAAAUCACCGUGACAAAUGUGGAUGAACCACCCAUAUUUUAUGAAACACCUUAUAAUUGGAAGGUUCUAGAGAGUGCCCAAAUAGGCACUCAAGUUGGUACAGUCUAUGCUAAAGACACUGACACAACCAACAAUGCCAUAAGAUACAGCAUUUUAAAGAGCAGUGACACACGACAGAUGUUCAAAAUUGAUCCCAGUAAUGGGACAGUGUAUGUGGCCAACCUUUUGGAUCGAGAAACAGCAGCCUGGUACAACUUGACCAUCAACGCCAGAGAGAACAGUGAUGAGCAGCUGUCCUCUUCAGUGUCUUUGCACAUCACACUCCUUGACAUCAAUGAUAAUGUGCCCACCUUGUCACAAGACUAUCAGCCCUAUGUGUGUGAGGACACACAGGCAGGAGAGCUAAUUGAGCUGAUCAGUGCCACUGAUGCAGAUGAUCCUGUAGACGGCCAUCAUUUCUAUUUCUCCAUGAUCCCAGACAAACACAUCAACCCCAACUUCACCAUCAGAGACAACCAAGAUAACACAGCUAGCAUUCUGGCACGGCGGAGCACCUUCACCCAGCAUGAUCGCACACACUACCAUCUUCCUGUGGUGAUCAGAGACAGCGGUUCCCCCAUCCUGUCCAGUACCACCACUCUUACCAUCAGAGUGUGUGCAUGUCAGCCUACAGGUCACUGCCCAUCGGGUGGCGUGGAAGUCUCUCUGGAUGUCAGCAUGCAGAUUUUACUUGGCCUGUCUGUUUGCCUUAUCAUACUUGCAGUGCUGUCCACAUUAAUGCUAGCUGUGCGAAAGUACAAGACAUUACGGCAGGAGAAAAUGGCAACACAAGAGUUGGAAACAGUGGAGUUCUCAGAGAAAAUCUUGAGUUUUGUCAUCCCAGAUACAGAGUCCACCCAAACAGUUCCUCUCCGGCACCCACGUCGGCGAGAGCGCAAGCUCUGUCGGGAGGAGGUCACCACCAGUAUCCGCAUGUCUCUGCGUCACUCUCACCUCAUUGGACCAGAAGACACAGUCUUUCAACAGUUUAUUAUGGACCGGCUGGCUGAGGCAGAUGAAGACCCAUACGUUCCACCCUUUGACUGUAUGCAUACAUAUACAUUUGAAGGGACAGGGUCUGUAACGGGCUCUCUCAGCUCACUGGAGUCUGCCAUAUUUGACCCUUGCAUGAUUCAAACUCAUGAUGCAGGGCCACAUCUCCUGCCACUGUCACCCUGGCUGGGAGCAGCAGCUGAUGAGACUUCAUUCUAACCCUGAGGAUAACAAAAGGAUUGUAACAUUGUUUUUUUUUGUUUUUUUUUCACACCUACCAAUACUGGAAUAACUGAACUGAAGUUUUUAGGGGUCAAAACAAAGUAGGUUCUUCUUCUUCUGCUACUACUACUACUUUUACAACUUUUUGAGUCAGAUAAUGUAUAUUGCAGAGCCCCUAAACUUGUUAUGAUGGCCCUGUAUUGCACCAACAUUCAGGUGUACAUGCACGUGUCCAUCUUUGGGUACAGGUAUGAUACAAAUCCAAUUUAAAUAUUUGUUAAGAAAUCUGACACUGUGCGAAAUAUAAGUUUUUUUUUUUAUUAUUAUUAUUUGUUUAUAUUUUUUGUAGCCUCUGAUUCCAUGAGGUCUCCUGAACCUGUUGGUGAUAUACUGUUCCAUUCUGUAUAAAAUGUUUUCCACCUAGGUAAGACAUAAUUGCUGUGUGUAAUCUGCAAACCCUCUUGACGAUACAUUAUUAAAAUAAUUUAGAUUUAUGAAAUUGUUUUGAAAAUUAAGAAUAUAUUUUGGGUGUGGCCAAUGAGGAGUGAUCAUAUCUAACACUUCCUUCUGGUAAAUUCUUCACUUUAUUACAAAAUUACAAUUACAAAAACAUUCUUAAAAUCUUAUGAACAAUACAAUUGUGAUAGUUAUUACUACUUCAUGCAUACUAUACAUUUUUUUUGCUUUGGAUUGUAUUCUGCAUUUAUUUAGUAGGACAGCAGACAUUAUAGAUUUGAUACAACAAAAAUAUAGGGUAAAAAUUAAUUAUCUUUGAUUGAAAAAAGCAGUAUGAAAAGCUCCUGUGCAGAGCAGCACCAAAGCCCAUAUGCACAUUCUGGGUACAUCACGAUUUGCUUAUUUCAGUUUCUUAUAACAUUUGAAUGGCUAAAGUCUGAUUACACUGUAUUUAGCAUAAACUGUGCUACCUUAAUAUGUGAGCAGCAUGUAAAGUAUGUAUCCCUUUGUAUUUCUGAGAAAAUCAACUCACUGAAAUAGAAUAUAAAACACAUUCUAAACAUUUGUUUGCAAGAUGUUUGAGUGCUGGAUUUUGUAGUCUAGAGCUACAAAAGUAUGUGAAAAUCAUCAUGCACACUAAUUCACAUAACAAUACACACACUGAUUUUUUUUUUAGAGCCUUGAUGUUAGAAAGACUGUAUGUGAGGGAGUGUCAGUUGUUAUAAAGAUUAUUGUGUUUCACACAAAUCUAAAAGUUUGUUAAAGUUACUUACAAAUGUUGAUAUUUAGAUGAAAUUACAAAAUUGAGUUGAGCAUAGCCAUUACACAUAACAAAUAACAUUAAAUGUGUUGAGAUUAAGUGGGGGUGGGGAUGUGGUCGUGAUUUGUAUAAUUAGGAUCAGUUUACAGUUUGUUAUGUAUUUGUCAUCAUUAGACAUGCCUGGGUUGCAGAAUGUGGGUGGCAUGCGUGCAUAUGUUUAUCAUGUUGACAUAGACAGCACUUACAUGCAACACAGAACACAUUCAGUUCUACUCUGUUGCUCUCUUGCUCUCUCUCUCUCUCCUUAAAUGAGUCCAACACAGAUUAUGCUUUUUGUAAGGGUUAAGGUUAGAGGAUAAAACUAUCAGGGGUCAUACAAUCCCUUAAGCAUAUGAAGAAGCUGCUGGAGAAGACGGCGUCUGACAUGAGAGACAUAUAUCUCUGUUUCUUGUCAGUUACAUCAAAAACAAAGUUAAGUGACUGCACCAGAUUGGCCAAGUCUAUUUGAAUUACUUCUGUUAAUAUUUAUGUCUCUGUCGUGAUAUAAUAUCUUUCCUUGAUCACCUGAAAUGUCUACUAGCAAAUAUAAUAGCAUGGCAUAUGUUACUAUCCUUACGUCUUGAAUCCUUUCAUUCAUGCAAAUAUGUUUAAUAUUAUUUGAUAAUAUUGUAAACAUUAAUGCUUUGAUAGUAUUUACCAUGUCACAAUUACUGACUGGCAUGGUCACAAGGUAACAAUGGAGACAGGUUGCUAUGACAAAAGUUUAGUCAUAUUGUGUUUGCUGUUUCUCUUUAAAUAUAAUAAUUCAUUUAAUAUUUUUAUUAAUGCUUUUGGAUUCCUUUUUUGUUUGUUUUGGUGUUUUUGUAAAUAAAUCUGCAUGCCGCGUUCACUUAUGUUGAAAUAGCCUUUAAAUUAGUUUGGACAAAUGAGGACAUUGAUUAGGUUAAGACGGAUUUUCCACCCUGCUCCUGAAGAGCUACCGUCCUGCAGCCUUCAGUUCCAACCCUGCUCCAACACACCUGCCUGUAAAAUUAUCAAUUAACCCUGAACAUCUUUAUUAGCUGGUUCAGGUGUCUUCGAUUCUGGUUGGAGCUAAAAUCUACAGGAUGGUAGCUUUUCAGGAGCAGGUUUGGAGACCCCAGGCUUAAGCUGCCUGCCCAUAGAAAAAUUAACAAUAAAACAAAAUUAAAAAAAUGGCAACAAACACAUAACUAUUGAUCCACAACGUUGCAAUGAGAUUGCAAUUAAUAACUAACUUACAAUGUUUUAAGUGCUAUAAUCGGGUCCCCGAUGCAUCUACCAACCCAGGAAACGUGAAAAAGAUUAACCCAGUAA